AUGUGGUCCAUAGUACUAUUUUACGUUCUUUUAUUAUCAACAAUAGUUAAUGGUUCACCCAGAACAGAUGUUACCGUAUCUGGAGGUUCGGCUGGUAGUGCAAUGGCAACACAAUUGCACAUUGCAUUUUCAAAUGAUAUAUCUGGAUCUGGUCUACUAGCCGGUCCACCUUACUAUUGUGCACAAGGUAGUAUGUUAAAAGUUGUUACUGAUUGUGUAUUUGGCUUUGGAAGUGUAAAUGAGAUUCAUAAGAAAAUGAAAUCCUAUGCUUCGGAUGGUAAAAUUGAUAAAUUGGAAAAUUUAUUAGGCGAUCCUGUUUAUAUAUUUCGUGGUAAAAAUGACAUUGUUGUUACUGAAAGACUUGCUAAAGAUAAUGAAGAAGUAUAUAAACCAUUCAAUCCUAAUUUAAAAACAAAUUACGAUACAAACGUUAAUCAUGGUAUUCCUACAGAGAAUUAUGGUGGGAAAUGUGAAACAUUAAAUUCAGAGAAUUUUCUCAAUAACUGUAAUUUUAGUGUGGCAUAUGAAAUGUUAAACCAUUUAUAUGGUGGAAAUUUAAUUAAACCAACUGUAACAACCAGAUUAAAUGGAAAAUUAAUUGAGUUCGAUCAGGGUGCAUUUAUGAAUCGCCAGCAGUUGGAUGCAACAGAAGAACGUCGUAUAGUUGAUACAUGGUCACAAUGGAUUGAUACAACAUUACAAUUAAUGAACCCAGUUAAUUACAUGCCAGUAUCAGUAUUACCUAGUAAUGGAAAUUAUGCAGCCAAGGCAUACUCAAUUAGUUUCGACAAGACAGCUUAUAUGUAUGUACCAUCCAGAUGUUCAAAAGGAAAAGGUUGUUCAAUUCAUGUUGCUUUACAUGGAUGUAGACAAGGUAAGGAGCGUGUUGGUGAAACAGUUGCAUUGCACGCUGGUUACAAUGAAGUAGCUGAAUUGAAUAAUAUAAUUGUCAUUUAUCCACAAGUAAAAAAGUCUUUAGUGUUCCCAAUAAAUCCGCAAGGUUGUUUUGAUUGGUGGUCGUAUACAAACAAUAAUUAUGCAAAUAAAUUAGGACCACAAAUGUCGGCUGUCAAAAAUAUUAUUGAUACUGUUCGUGCUAUACAUGCAUAG